AUGUUUGGUCGUUUUAUUAGACAAUAUUCUACAUCAAAAAAUAUAAUCAAUGUUAAUGAAUUAAUUGUUGAAAAAACUAAAACACCAUUUCAAAAAUAUACAGAUAAAACUAAAUUAGUAUUUGGUAAACAAUUUUCAGAUCAUAUGAUUGAAGUACAAUGGACAAAAGAGGAAGGUUGGGGAGUACCAAAGAUUUCAGGAUAUCAUAAUUUAUCAAUUCCACCAUCAGCAUCAGUAUUACAUUAUGCAUUGGAAUGUUUUGAAGGUAUGAAAGCCUAUAAAGAUAGUAAUGGAAAGAUUCGUUUAUUUAGACCAGAUCAAAAUAUGAAUCGUUUCUUAAACUCUGCAAAGAGAAUUUGUUUACCAGAGUUCAAUAAGGAGGCAGUUAUUGAGUUGAUUAAAAAGUUAUGUGUUUUGGAUAAGGAUUGGAUUCCAGAGGGUAAGGGCUACUCUUUGUAUUUACGUCCAACUUUAAUUGCCACUCAAAAUAGUUUAGGUGUUGGUGCAUCCAAUUCCGCCUUGAUGUUUGUCAUUGCCUCACCAGUUGGUCCAUACUAUCCAGAGGGUUUCAAACCAGUGAAAUUGAUCGCCGACGAUCAAUAUGUCAGAGCAUGGGCUGGCGGUUCCGGUGCUUUCAAAUUGGGUUCAAAUUACGCUCCAACCAUUUUCCCACAAUUGGAGGCUGCAAAGAAGGGUUUCUCUCAAGUACUUUGGUUAUUAAAUGACUAUGUCACUGAAGUCGGUACUAUGAAUAUGUUUGUCUUUUGGAAUAACGCUCAAGGUGAGAAAGAAUUGAUCACUCCACCACUCGGUGAUGGUACCAUCCUUCCAGGUGUCACUCGUGAUAGUAUCCUUAAAUUAACUCAACAAUGGGGUGAAUUCAAAAUCACUGAAAAGAAUUUCACAAUGACUGAAUUAGCAAAAGCCAUCAAAGAAGGUAGAGUAUUUGAAGCUUUCGGUGCUGGUACUGCCGCCAUCGUCUCUCCAAUUGAAUCAAUCUCUUACAAAGGUGAAAAUUAUAGUAUCCCAAUUGAUGCUUCUUUAAAUUGUGGUCCAUUAACAAAGAGAAUUAGUGAUUCAAUCAUGGCAAUUCAAUAUGGUGAAACCAAUUCUGAUUGGUCUGUCAUUGUUGAUUAA